CUAUCUUUCCCAUUCGACUCUGAUCGAACCGUUUGAUCCCUCUCUUCGUCUCCAGUGCAGAGUUUAUUAGAGAGAGAAAGUAGAGAGAGAGAGAGAGAUGAAGAUCACGGGGCUGUUGGUGUUGAAAUGCACUCCAGAGGGAACCGAUCCGGUGAUUCUUGCGAACGCCACGGAUGUGAGCCAUUUCGGGUACUUCCAGAGAUCGAGCGUGAGGGAGUUCAUCGUCUUCGUCGGUCGGACCGUCGCUAAACGAACCCCACCUAGCCAACGCCAAUCGGUCCAACACGAAGAAUACAAAGUACAUUCAUACAAUAGGAAUGGCCUUUGUGUGGUGGGUUUCAUGGAUGAUCACUACCCAGUCCGUAGUGCAUUUUCUCUGCUUAACAAGGUGCUAGAUGAAUACCAGAAGAAUUUUGGUGAUUCAUGGAGAACUGUGCAAACAGAUAGUACUCAACCGUGGCCCUAUUUGAAUGAAGCUCUCGCCAAAUUUCAGGACCCAGCUGAAGCUGACAAGUUGUUGAAAAUACAGAGGGAAUUGGAUGAAACAAAAAUUAUUCUUGUGAGUGUUGCGUUAUAACUGCAUUAGCUUAACGAUAUUUACAAAAUCUUGGUUCCUGUUCUUAUUUAUUUAUUUGAGUUGAUACACUA